CUUUAACCAAUCACGGCGGUCAAUUGCUAAGGAAAAUCACCACCCUUUGCCACCCGGACUUUGCCCCCAUGACAAGAGCACAAGUGCGAAUCACGAUGACCCAGAGACAGGGGAAGGGUAAGGUAAGGUAUGGGCAUUGAAAGGAAAUGGGACCGAGAUCUCCCUGUUGUUAGGCAGCGGAGGCCCGUACUCGGUGCGACCUGGUGCCCAGAGCCUAGUUCGAAGACUGGGCAGAGCUCCGCUCACGAUAGCUGCCGCUCGUUGACAACAAGGGGACGGACGGCGGCGCAGCGUAGCAGAGAGCGGGCCGGACCCAGAGUUGAGCGAGUGCACGACUGUGAGAGGAUGGCCAGGGGACUCUCUGAUAAGGUCAUGCAUGGCGGAUCUGACGCUUGUUGCCCAUGUGGAUGUGGGCGGAGUGUCCGAGGGCGGGACUGCACUCUGUGGACGGGGCUGAACGGGGCUGGACGGGACUUUGGAUGGUAGGCUCUAUGGCGAGCACGCACUUUGACGCGCACAACACACAAGACAAGACAACACAGCAUUGCUGCGCUGUGGCUGGCAAUCGACAGUAUCACAAGCUUCUGAUAACUAACAGAGGCCGCGGUAAUGGACUGAUGCGUGCGUGCGUUGGCAUUUACUCACUGAUGGUCAGGCGAAUGACCAUCUAAGACUGACGGGAUGAACUGAUGCCAUGCAAGAUGAGAUGGUCUUGUCCGGGGCGGGACUGUUGGUGGCAGAUGGACAAACCGACUGACGAUGACGGAUGGCAUGGAAAAUCGGGGUAGUAAAUUAGUGUAGAUGCAUUUGUUGUGCAAUUUAAGACAAACCAACCUAAAUCAGACAGC